AUGUGAUCAGUAUAACACUGUGCUAAACCACUUCAUCGAGAAACAUGCUCCUGUUCGCACUUUUUCAGUUACACUGCGACCCUAUUCACCUUGGUAUGAUGAUAGUCUUAGGUUAUUGAAAAGACAGAAACGCAAAGCAGAACGGAGAUACGUUUCAUCGAGAUUAGAAAUCCACCGCCAGAUGUACGAAGAGAAGUGUAGAGCUUACAGCACUGCACUGAAUGUAGCUAAGCGGAACUUCUACAAGGAUCAAAUAUCUGGUUCCAAUCAGACGCAGUUAUUUCGUUUAAUUGAUGGCCUUUUCAGGGUGAAGCCGGUUCCGUUGCUACCAUCAUAUGAAUCCCCUCAAGCUCUUGCAGAAGAUUUCAUCUUAGUUUUCACUACCAAGAUUCAGCAUUUAAAGGACAACCUACGAUCAUCGCCCCUGUUAACGAUGGAGAUGUCAGUGACGCCAGCUCAGCCACAAUGUGUGGCGUCAUUUCCUGAGUUCUCUGCUGUAUCAGUGAGUUAUAUACGUGAUAUUUUACAACAAUCCAAGCCUAAAUCGUGCAUAUUAGAUCCUGUGCCGACAAGUGUACUAAAACAAUCCAUUGAUGUUAUUGCCCCGGCCAUCACUUCCAUUGUCAACGCAUCUUUGUCAUCUGGUGUUUUCCCUACCUCUCUCAAGGGUGGAGUGAUCAACCCUUCCAUCAAGAAGCAGAGUCUUGACCGCGAAGUAUAUCCAAACUACCGACCGAUUACAAACGUUGCCUUCCUAUCAAAAACACUUGAACGUGUCGCUGCUAACCAGACGAUGAACUAUCUUAUCCCCAACGGCUUACUGGCUAAAUUACAAUCUGCUUACCGCCCCUUCCACAGCACAGAGACUGCUCUUCUUCGCGUCUUUAAUGACAUUCUGACCGCUAUUGACUGCCAACAGGAAGUAGUACUUGUUCUCCUUGACCUGUCGGCUGCGUUUGACACUAUAGAACACUCGGCUCUGUUGUCGCGUAUGCAACAUCGUUAUGGAAUUAAUGAGAUAGCACUCCAGUGGUUCAAAUCAUAUCUAACUGGCAGAACUCAACAAGUCCUUAUAGACGGUGUUCUAUCCUCCAGCCAACCACUGCGUUAUGGCGUUCCUUAGGGUUCUGUACUCGGCCCGUUGUUGUUCUCUUUGUUUUUCGCGCCUAUCGAAGAUGUUGUUCGUGCACAUGGUCUUGGUGCGAUGAUGUAUGCUGAUGACACGCAGUUAUAUGUGUCCAUUUGCCCGUCUGAAGAUCGGUCUUCAGUUCUAUCAAGGCUUGAAGUCUGUGCCAAGGAUAUCCUCAUCUGGUGUACGUCAAAUGGCCUCGCUUGUAACCCCGAUAAAACGGAAAUUGUACAUAUCUCAUCUCGAUUCACGUCAACCAACAUAAUUCCUGAAAUCGACGUUGAUGGACAUUUCAUCAAACCAGCCCAGGCAGCACGCGACCUCGGAGUAAUCAUCGAUUCGAGUUUAUCUAUGACAAAACAUGUCAACAGCAUCUGCAAAUCAGCCUACCAUUCUAUAAGGAACAUUGGCAGAAUACGGAAAUACCUUGACCGCAAUAACUGUGAGCAGCUCAUUCAUGCUUUCAUAACUUCAAAA